CGGAGGCGGCCGAGGCGGGACGCGGCCCGGGGAGCUGGACCACAUGGCCGAGAUCCUGCUCACCGGGGAGCAGCUACGGCUCAGGCUGCAUGAGGAAAAGGUGAUUAAAGAUCGAAGACAUCACCUCAAAACCUACCCGAACUGUUUCGUGGCCAAGGAGCUGAUCGACUGGCUGAUUGACCAUAAGGAAGCUUCAGACCGAGAGACCGCCGUUAAAUUGAUGCAGAAAUUAGCGGACCGUAGCAUCAUUCAUCAUGUGUGUGAUGAGCAUAAGGAAUUCAAGGAUGUCAAACUUUUCUACCGCUUUAGGAAAGACGAUGGAACCUUCCCUCUGGAUAAUGAAGUGAAGGUGUUUAUGAGAGGACAGAGGCUGUAUGAGAAGCUGAUGAGUUCUGAAAACACCCUCUUACAGCCCCGGGAAGAAGAAGGCAUCAAGUACGAGCGAACCUUCAUGGCGUCAGAGUUUCUCGAGUGGCUGGUUCAGGAGGGCGAGGCCACGACAAGGAGUGAAGCGGAACAGCUCGGCCACAGGCUGUUGGAGCACGGCAUCAUUCAGCACGUGUCCAACAAGCACCACUUUGUGGACAGCAAUCUCCUGUACCAAUUCCGAAUGAACUUCCGGAGGAGAAGGAGGCUAAUGGAGCUGCUCAGUGAAAGAUCCCCCUCAUCCCAGGAAACACACGACAGCCCCUUUUGCUUGCGGAAGCAGAACCAGGACAACAGGAAGCUCACCAGCUUCGUCUCAGUGAGCCCCAGCAAGGAGAUCAAGAUCGUGUCGGCUGUGAGGAGGAGCAGCAUGAGCAGCUGUGGCAGCAGCGGCUAUUUCAGCAGUAGCCCCACCCUGAGCAGUAGCCCGCCGGUCCUCUGCAACCCCAAGUCGGUGUUGAAGAGACCUGUCACUUCUGAUGAACUGCUGGCCCCUGGGGCCCCCUAUGCAAGGAAGACUUUCACCAUUGUUGGUGACGCAGUAGGGUGGGGCUUUGUCGUAAGAGGAAGUAAGCCAUGUCACAUUCAGGCUGUGGAUCCCAGUGGCCCUGCAGCAGCGGCUGGAAUGAAGGUCCGUCAGUUUGUGGUUUCUGUCAACGGACUCAACGUCCUCCACUUCGACUACCGGACAGUGAGCAACCUGAUCCUGACCGGCCCUCGAACCAUUGUCAUGGAAGUGAUGGAGGAGUUGGACUACUAAGGAAGGAAGCUUUCCUGUCCUUCCCUCCCUCCCUGCCCACCCGUCUUCACCGGACAGUUUGUGAACAGAACGUGAGCAACCUCGGAGCAACCCAGAUCAGCACCCGAAUGACGUUCCCCAGCUCCAUCGAUCGGUUGACUUUGAACUUCGUAGCCAUCCCCCUCUGACUGGUAUUUUUUUGCAUGGACCGAUGUCUUCUAAUAGGAAAAAUGCCCUCCAGAAAGCUCCCCCAUCCUUCCAGCAGAAAACCCGUUUGGACACCAAGUUUAUCCCUCCACAUGCUGUUUUGCAGAUUUCUUUGCACAUACGAUGUCUGUGUUCUUUCACUGUGAGAUUUUUUUUGACAUAAAGCCUUUGACAGCCUUC